UAAAAAGAUGUAUACUUUAGUUGAUAGGCUACAGCCGGCAAGGCCUCUGACUGUGUGUGAACUUUGACUAUAUAUUACCACUUCAAAAUUUGAUGCAGGCCUACAAAAUACUCGUACUUUUACGCACACCAGUUCACAAACGUUCAACCCCCAAGAAAUUGUGCAACUUUAGGAUUGAAAUUGUAGUUUUAGCAUACCAACACCCUCACAUUCAAUCUCUUUCCCUCACGUCUCAUUGAUCGAUAAAUCAAUUCCUACAAAUAAAGCCCUAGAAUUUGAGAAAUCAAGCUACGGGUCGGGUUGUUUUGCGGUUUUAACAUCUGGGUCAAGAUCAAAUCUCUUCUACUCGACUCAUAUGUUCCUCGUUUAGAGAGUCAAGGACUGAAGACCAUACAUUGGUGGUUUCUGUGUGUUAGUUAUUUGUGGGGUUUGUUUGAAUUUGGAGUUGUUAUGGUUCGUUUGACUUUGAAUGUUCUUUGAUUCGAGAGAUUUGGGCUUUGACUUUGAUUUUUGAUCAUGGCUAGGCGCCAUGGAUGGGAACUUCCUGCUCAUACUUUUCAGGUUGUGGCAAUCACGGUGUACUUCUUAUUGUCAGUAGCAUUCUACGCGUUUUUCUCUCCUUUUCUUGGAAAGGAUAUUUAUGAACAUGUGGCCAUUGGUGUUUAUUCCUUCUUGGCUCUGAGUGUAUUUGUGCUUUAUGUAAGAUGCACAGCUAUUGACCCUGCUGACCCGGGGAUUCUAAUUGAACCUGGAAGGGUGUCACCAAAUAGAUCACAAAAUGGUACAGAAGCUCAUGGACAUGCGUCUUCUGUUGGAGAAGCUAGCAAAUCAGGGUUUCAAAAUGAAGGAAUAUAUGAUAACAAUAGUCCGAGUUGUUGUUCAAAAGUUUUGGGGGUUCUUUGUGGUUGCAUUGUGAAAGAAGAUUGUCGUAAUGAUGAAGAGAUGCAACAAGGGGGAGAAGAAGAGGCUUUAUUUUGCACUCUAUGUAAUGCAGAGGUGCGUAAGUUUAGCAAACACUGCAGAAGUUGCGAUAAAUGUGUUGAUGGAUUUGAUCAUCAUUGUCGUUGGUUGAACAAUUGCGUAGGGAGGAAAAAUUACUUUACAUUCAUCUGCUUAAUGGCUAUGGGCCUUGUCUGGCUUACUUUUGAUUGUGGAGUUGGAAUCGCGGUUCUUGUUCGGUGUUUUGUUAAUAAAGGGUCUACAGAAGAUCAAAUUGCUAAUAGACUUGGGGAUGGAUUUAGUCGGGCCCCAUUUGCAACUGUUGUGGCUAUAUGUACGGUUGUCGCUUUUCUAGCCACCAUUCCGCUAGGAGAACUCUUCUUUUUCCACAUUAUCCUAAUUCGCAAGGGUAUAACAACAUAUGAAUAUGUUGUUGCCAUGAGGACACAAAGUGAACCUGCGGGGCCCUCGAUAGACGGAAUGGAUCAACAAAGCUUGCAGUCUUCCCCCACGAGCUCCGCUGUCACUGCUAUGAGUGGCCGAAGCUCUCUUGGUUUGGGUUUGCAAUAUAAAGGUGCUUGGUGCACCCCUCCAAGAAUCUUUAUGGAUCACCAGGACGAAGUCAUCCCUCAUCUCGAACCCGGGCGGCUACCAUCAACAGUCGAUCCAGACGCGGUCGACAACAAGGGCAAAAAACCACCACAACGCCCAGUCAGAAUCAGUGCAUGGAAACUCGCAAAACUCGAUUCAACAGAAGCCAUGAAAGCCGGUGCCAAAGCUCGAGCUUCCUCUUCUGUCCUCCGUCCACUUGGCACUACAAAAAACACUCAAUUCGAUCCUGACCAUUUAUCAUCAAGCAAUGUCAGCAUAAAAAGCAGCCCAACCAGCACCCAUAACCAAUUUCAUGCCUCCAAAAGCUCAUAUCCACCUAGCCGAGCUAGCCGUGAUGACACCGAGAUCAGCAAUUUAAGCAGCCCAACACCUAACCGUGACCAUUUCAACCCUAUGUAUCAGUCCUCUGGGAACCAGUCUCCCUGGUCCAACGAGCCAGGGCCGGUGCGGAUGCCUGUUCAGGCAUCCGCACCGAUUCCGGUACGAAUACCUGUGCAGGCAUCCGCACCGGCACUUGCACCAGUUUCUAGAAGAAACGCGGUGGUGAAUGACGGUACGAGGUCGUCGUCGUCAGUGUAUUGGGAUCAGGAAGCAGGGAGGUUUGUGUCGGCCGCCACGACAAGGGCGGUAGGUGGUGGUGGUGGUUUGGUGCAGGGUUCGGGGACGGAGUUGACUUAUACGGGUCAAUCAAUUUUCUUUGGUGGGCCGCUUGUGGGCCCUAGUGGCGGUGGUGGUGUUGGUCUACAGAGAGAGACCACCAGCACCGCUACUAUUGCUGGUAAUACGUCGAGUUAUUAUCAGCAGGGGAGAUCACAGCGGGGCGGGCAACUUCCGGUGUUUGUUCCGAGUGAUACUUCUCAGCAGAGAUUACAUAGAGACAUCUAACUUUGUAAAACACCAUGAGAUUUGUUUAAGUUAUUUUGUAGAGUUGUUUCUUGGAUUGUUGGACUUUUGACUUUUUUAUUAUCAAAGUUUGACUUAUUUUCCAAAUUCUGUGC